UCUCUCUCUCUCGCUCAGUAUAAGGUGACCUGCUCCAGCUCUGAUCCUCCAUAAAACUGAACUGAGCUCUAUGAGCUAUACACUCUCCCCAGCUCUCCUUGGAUUUAACUCUGGAUUUCUAACCUGUGACUCAAUUCACUGACCAAGAGGUGAAAGAGGCCGAUACAAAGACAGCCGGUCAGUCAGUCAGUGGAGUGCUGAAACUGCUUGCUGCGUGCUGGCUUGACAUUUUUGCCGGAUUAAUACUUAGAUUCUCUCUUUGUUUGUUUGGUUGUUUAUUUUUUAAUCUGGUUAAAGUGGUACUUAACAGGACUUGUGGGAAAUGUAUUCUUUAAGGAGUGUAAGGAUGCACACUGCUAUGGGUGCUUUAUUACUGAUCCUCUGCGCUGCUGGAAAAGUGGCGGGUGGCUGUUCCGGGCCGUGUUCCUGCCCCCCGUCUCCUCCUUCCUGUCCGCUGGGAGUGAGCUGGGUGCUGGAUGAGUGCGACUGUUGUAAGGUGUGUGCGCAGCAGUUUAACCAGGACUGCGGCCCAGACAAACCCUGCGACCACAUCAAGGGCCUGCGCUGCCACCUAGGGGCCGGAGGAGACCCGCAGCGUGGCCUGUGCAGAGCUGAUGCCCAGGGUCGUCCGUGUGAGUUCGGCGGCCGCGUGUUUCAACAUGGUGAGGACUUCCAGCCCAGCUGUGAGCACCAGUGCAGCUGUAUGGAUGGUGUAGUGGGCUGCAUGCCCCUCUGUCCCCACCACCUGCCCCUACCUGCUGGGCACUGUGCCAACCCACGCCUUCACACCCCGCCUGGACGCUGCUGUCAGGAAUGGGUGUGUGACGAUGACAACCGCAUCAGCGAAGACCCCCACGAUACCCAACACUCACAACUCCACACCAACCACAUCAGUAAACUGCUGCAGACACCCAGUGGCCACCAGGGCAGAGGAGAAGGCUUCCAAGAGUGGGCAUCACUGCCCGUAUCUCAAGUGCCCAUCCCUUCCUCCAAGUGCUUCCCACAGACCACAAAGUGGACCCAGUGCUCCGCCUCCUGCGGCUUUGGAAUCUCCAGCCGUGUGACCAAUGGAAACCCGCAGUGCAAACUCGUCCGAGAGACGCGUCUGUGCCAGAUUCGAGAGUGUGACAUCACCCCAAAUGUCAGGAAAGGCAAGAAAUGCAAACGGACAGUGAAGUCCCGAGAGCCUGAGCACAUCACUUUUGCGGGCUGCAGUACGGUCGAGCGCCUCCUGCAGCGGACGUGUGGCUCUUGUGCGGAUGGCCGGUGCUGCAGGCCAUCACAGACCCGAACGGUCCACCUACGCUUUCACUGCCCCGACGGAGAGAGCCUCACACGCAGCGUCAUGUGGAUCCAGCGCUGCCGCUGCAGCAAGAGCUACUGCAGCGUGGACAGAGACAGCUCCGCUCCUGCGGUCAGCCUGCACAACGACAUACAUACCUUCUCACCCUGAUCAAACAGAGGAAAACUGGAAUUUACGCAAGUUUCCCUUUACCCAAUGUAAUCAAUCAUUUUUGGGGGUUUGCUUCUUUAGUUUUGCACUGGAGCUAUAAGGCUAAUGUAGCUAACAAGUAAUGGAAGCUUAGCUUAUACUCUGCUAGUUUGCAUCAAACAAACUGCAAACUGCUGCCUAAAUCAUCACACACAUGCCUCAAACCGCAUUGAGUUGUUAAAGGGGCGUUUAGGCCUAAAACUUGCAUUUAAUAUGUUGUUUGUGUUAUUAAAUAUUCUGUAGUGCAGCACUGCAUCCCUCAGCCUCAUUGGCUUGACAGAACUCACAGUUUUGUCUCCUUUCUGUGUUGCCGUCCAUUAACCCCUUAAAAGGCCAGGGCCCACCAGUGGGCCCAGAGUUUUAUUUCACACUUCUAUAACUUAAGAAUAGCUCAGCCAGUUUGCACUGAAGUCACUGUAAUUACUGAAUAAAUUUCUCUCACUAUAAUAUCCAGCAUGCAUUGCAGAAAUACAUCAUACGACCAAUGGGAAUAACCCAAUUAUGAUAAAAAAGCACUGAUAUGGAGGCUAAAAGGAGGCUGCCUUUAAAACUAAAAUUGCUUAUAGUUUUUCAAAAGUUCCUCCCACCUUCAAUAUACAUCAUCAGAGGGGGGUUUUAACUGUAAAAUCUCCCACUAGAGAUGACUGCAGCACAGUGGUAUACGGCAAAUAGGCAUCUUUACAGCAGAUGUAGCAAUGGUGAAAUCUUUCAAACUGGCCAGAGUGACACUUCAAGACUUGUUUGUGUCGAUCCUGACACUGUAUGACAUUCUGUUAUGUAUAAAAAUGGACAGAAUGGUCAAAAUAUAAGCGUCUACUACUCUUUUUAGCUAGAAUGUGUGUUCAAUUAGUUAGCUACAUUAGCUGAAAAGCUCUGGUGCAAAACUGAAGCUAACAAACAUGUCUAGGCUGAUUGACUACGUUUGGGCUAAGGGGGGGGGGACUGUAAAUUUUCGCUAUUUGCUUGCUAAACUCUAGCUUUCACACAUGCUAAAUCAUGUGUACUCCCUUGUUUAAAAUGAACAGUGGUCAGAGUUGAGUGGUCAGCAGGACUGGAGACACACUCUGACUCCCCUGGUUCAAGACUCUGAAGAUUCCACGCCAUCUCCAUAAACCUUUGCACUUUUCACCGCCACCUUACAAAGAGGUCAUCCUGUCCUGUUUGACUUCAGCCAUCCCGGGAUCAGUU